AUGGCGACACUUCCCGAUAGCGAGCGGACCGCUGCGCUUCCAUUGACCUCGAGUGGCGAGGAUCUCAAGGAGUAUGUGCUCUCGAAUUGUAACGAGCUGCCGGACUCUCAAAUUGACGCGCAUCACAGAUACUACAACUCGCCCAUCUUCUCGGAUGUCGUCAUCUGCUUCGACAACCGUCGAGUCUACGCGCACAAGAUCAUCCUCUCGCUGGCGUCUCCCUACUUUCGCAGCGCUUUCGCAGGCCUCUUCCGGGAAUCCAGCUCAAAAGAAAUGUCAUUACACGACGACGACGAUCACGAGGCUGUCGAUGGAAUGCUGAGACACAUUUAUGGCCUCGACCAUGGCGCUGCCGCCCAGUCACCUGGUCCCUACUUCAGCCUCCGCAUCUUUGCCGUGGCGGGCAAGUACGGUCUUCCGAAACUCCUGGAUAAAGCAGUGCAGGAGGUGUGGCGCGAGCUCGAAACUGGCUGGGACAUGCCUACGUUCGUGCCAAUGGUCUACAGCAUCUACGAGGAGGUUCCACGGCAUGGCGGGCAGUUACGUGGGCUUGUGCAGGGAGUGUGCGUGAAACACUUUAUGGAUUUGAUGCAGAUGGAGGAGUUCGAGGAGAUGCUGCUCAAGGUUCCAGACCUGAGUGUGCAAUUGCUGAAGGUGUGCUACGGAGUGAUGAGGGCAAGUCUGGACAACAAGGAAGAGGCGGUUCGGAGGGAUCACGCGAACGAAGUUAUGCGACGGCGUUGA